AAAGGCUGUAUUGGAACAAUUUGGAUUUCCUUUAACUGGAACAGAGACUAGGUGUUAUACUAAUCAUGCCUUGUCUUAUGAUCAGACAAAGCGGGUGCCUAGAUGGGUUCUCAAACAUAUAUCCAGAAGUAAGAUCAUGGGUGAUGCCGACAGAAAACAUUGUAAAUUCAAGCCUGAUCCCAACAUCCCUCCAGCCUUCAGUGCCUUCAAUGAAGACUAUGUUGGAAGUGGCUGGUCACGAGGACACAUGGCUCCAGCAGGAAAUAACAAAUUUUCUAGUAAAGCCAUGGCUGAAACCUUUUACCUUUCUAAUAUUGUGCCUCAGAAUUUUGAUAAUAAUUCUGGAUAUUGGAACAGAAUAGAAAUGUACUGUCGUGAACUGACAGAGAGGUUUGAAGAUGUUUGGGUAGUGUCUGGACCUUUAACCUUACCUCAGACUAGAAGUGAUGGGAAAAAAACAGUUAGUUACCAGGUGAUUGGUGAGGACAAUGUGGCAGUUCCCUCACACCUUUAUAAGGUGAUACUGGCUCGCAGAAGCCCAGAGUCUACUGAACCGCUGGCACUGGGGGCCUUUGUCGUGCCCAAUGAAGCCACUGGUUUCCAACCCCAGUUAACUGAAUUCCAAGUGAGCCUCCAGGACCUAGGGAAGUUGUCAGGACUGGUGUUUUUCCCUCGUUUGGAUAGAAGCAGUGAUAUCAGAAAUAUCUGUUCUGUGGACACCUGUAAGCUUCUGGAUUUCCAAGAGUUCACUCUGUACCUGAGCACAAGAAAGAUUGAGGGAGCCCGUUCAGUGCUCAGACUGGAAAAGGUCAUGGAAAACUUGAAGAAUGCAGGAAUUGAACCAGAUGAUUACUUCAUGAGUCGCUAUGAGAAGAAGCUAAAAGAACUCAAAGCGAAGGAGCAGUUAGGAACCCAGACGGGAAAGCCAUCCUAGUUUUUAAUCUCAGAAGACGUGCUAAUCAGCUGAAAUGAGGCAGGCAUGCAUUCUUCAGGCUGAUGUAUUUCGUGGCUUUCCUUUAAAGAAAUGAUGGAAUCCUAAAUUUACAACUGGAAAUUCCUCCGAAGGAUGAAAAAUCUACAAUUUUUUUGUCAUUGUCUUUUUGACUUGUGAACUAAUUACUAAGAGCAUUGUCAUAUCUCCAGAUCGAGAACUGGUCUUGUGUCAUGUUAUCAGGACUGUG